AUGUCAUUUGGGACAGUUUGCAGGGACAGACAAUAUCUGUUUAGCAAACACAACACGAUAGAAAACCAAAAGCUUUCACUACCACCAACAAAGUCGUUACGUCAACAACUACCUACAACAUCUAGUGGUCUUGUAAAUUCAAUUCAACAUCAUUUGACAUGCGUGGAAUGUCACCAAACUCGUUUCUUGGAGUUGGGAAUGAAGACCAAAAUGAUUUCUCGAAUGGAACUUACAAAUGGACGUACUGAAGAAUACUUGAGAAAAGUCUUCAUUGCUCUAUGGAAUGGCGACAGAAACUCAAGGAGUGUAAAACUGUUUGUCGACGAGAACAGAGUUUAUAAACAAAGUCAUAACAUGACGGGUCAUCAAACAGCGGUGAAAGGGUGA